GAAUGCUAAACAUGCAGUUUACCACUCAUAUCCCCUCAUCCUUACAUUUUUGAAAUAUUUUCUAAGCAGCUCAGUCUAGUCUUGAACUCUUUAGACCUUCUUGCCUUUACCUCAAGUGCUGGGUAAAGGCAUGGUAUAGGCAUGCGCCACCAUGCUUUGUUAUUACAAAUUUUAUUAUAACAUUUGUGUGAGGAAAGGAACUAGUCUAAAAGUUUUCAUUGAAAACUGUUGUAGAUUUUUGGAUAUUAUUUUACAGAAGAUCACUCAGGGCAGUGUGCAUGGACCAUUAUGAUUGAAGAGCCAGUAAAAAUCUUCUUUUUCAGUCUGCAAAAGCCACCUUUGGUUAAAACAAUUCCAGCUCAAAGUUAUGUACUAUUAAACUAAAUUUGCAUUUAAGCCCCUGCCCCAUCAUUUAAGAAUGAGUGGUGUGUACAUUCUUGCUGAUUGUUGUAAGGACCCUGAUACUCCUGGAAUAAGGAAUAGCUAUUUUAAAAAUUCUCAUAGGAGAGAAGAAAAGUUUUGUCACAAAGUGAAUGGUCUAAAGACAGCAGAGGAUGAAGCACUUGAACAUGUUAGUGAGCUGGCUGUGACUCCUAUGCCUUUGGAUAAGGUAUGGCCGACGAGAACGCCUUUGCAGAAGAAUGCCAUCGGAGAGGCCAACACACACCAGCUUUGGCCCCUGAGCCGGUGCCAGUCCCAUCCCCGGCCCCUACCCCAGCUCCGGCCCCGGCCCCACCCCCGGCCCCAGCAACAGUUCGGCCCCCCUCCCGGGCCCGACCCCUGGCCCCAGCUUCAGUCCAGACUUCGGCCCCGUCUGUCAGCACCUACCCACAGAAGCCACCCAGGCCUGCCCCAACGGCUAAACUUGUGUCUAAAAGCAACUGGGAAGAUGAAGAGCAGGGCAGGCAGCGGGUUCCUGGCCACUGGAAUGCCCCUAUGACCUCAGCAGGGCCCAAAGAAGGUGGCAAGAGGAAGAAGCAGAAGCAGAAAGAGGACACGAAGAAGAAGAAGUCGACCAAAGGGAACCGCUAGGCUGGAUUUGGCGGCAGCCACAGCAGCCGCUCUCGUGUGUGGUGCGCAAGCGCACAGCAGCGGCAUCCUUUCAGUGCCGCCCAGGGCCACUUCGCUUAGCAGGAUUAUGGACGUAAUGCCCACGGAUCGGUAGGAUCAGGGGUGUUGGAGACGGAAGUGACAAUCCCGGGUGGCCCGCAUAAGCUUGUGACACUGCCUUAGCCUUGUAACUCUGCUUUUCCCCAACACUAAAUCCACAGCGCUUUCCUCUUGAGUUUUAAGGAUCUGCCUCUUCUUUUCAGCAGCCCAAGCCCUGCCCCGAACACUGAGGAAUUUGUAGCUGUAGGAGCCCGUAGGGUCCAGUAGGGAUCUGGGUGUGUGUUGAUGAUAGACUGGCAGCAGUGCAGGGUGCAGUUGUAAGUACAGCGGGAUUUACAGGUAAUGUAAGAUGCGUCUUGAGCCGUGGGUGUCAGGGUGCUCUGGCAACACAGGCCGUAUGGAGCCACUUCAGAUAUAGUCUUUCCUUAUAUUUAUUUUUAUUGUUCAACUUUUAAUCUUCUUGAGGUAGUCAAAAUUCGACACCAAAUAUAGUUUAGUUUUUGGGAAAUCUCAUCUUUUCUUCUUAGAGAUAUUUGUCCUUUUUUUUUUUUUUUUUUUCAGUCAAAAGGUUUUGCUUAGCAAUACCAUUUCUAGCUUUCCUAGGUCAGUGCUACUGGCUAUUUACACAAACAUACAGCACACAGAGGCGUAUGCUAAAUAGUCAGCUAUGGAGCAAGAAGCUUGACCUCAGUUGUUUUAGAUUGCAAAUAAUGUCCCCUUCACAAGCAUCAUACUGCCACAAAUCCAUGCCAUGCUGUCACCUAACCUGCGGUUUGCACUAAGCACCAAGUAGUUUUAAUGCUGUCUCACUUCUGGGCUGCAUGUGCCUCUUGGGGACAUGUUCCUUUGCUUUUUGGCCAUGGAGAUCUGUUGCUAGAACUUUUUCCCCUUGCAAGUGAGUACAUCAUAAGUACUGUUGGUGGGCUUGAGAUGCCAGCAGUUGGAUCCAGCAGUGUGGAAAGGAGAAGUUUUAUGAGUUAUGGGCACUGCCAUAGCGAGGAGCCUGGACAGGGUCACCUGAGCUUUGAGGAGACUACCAGGAAAGUGUUUGCUUGAUUUUUGGUGGGAGGUGGUGUGGGCAGUUACCAUGGAGUGUGGAUUGGUGUUAAUGUGUGUUGUGGAACUGUGACCCUCAAGGUGUAAUGUAUUUUAGUGCUACUGACGUAAAUAAAAUGUAAACAUCACCGAGUCCA